AUGGUUUCACUCGAAGAAAAAACAAUCGAAAAUUUUAAUGAUAAUAAUGAGUUUGUGAUUGAUGUUGAAAAUUUGAAUUUUGAUUACGGAGGACCUCCUAUCUUAAAAGAUUUACAGCUAAGUUUGCGAAAAGGAAGUCGAUGUUUAUUAGUUGGUGCUAAUGGAGCUGGUAAAUCUACUUUACUGACAAUAUUGGCAGGUAAAAGAAUGGUGCAUAAUUGUAAAGUAAAAGUGUUUGGUAAAGAUGCGUUUAAAGAUGCACCAAAAAAUAUUACAUAUCUUGGAACUGAAUGGGCAAAUAAUCCUAUCGUUCGAGGUGAUGUAUUAGUUUCACAUUUAUUAUCUAAUAUGGGUGGAGACAAAUAUCCCGAAAGACGAGAUGAAUUAAUUAAUAUAUUAGAUAUUGAUCCAAAAUGGAGAAUGCAUCAAGUAUCAGAUGGAGAAAGACGUCGAGUACAACUUGUUUUAGGUUUAAUUCAACCUUGGAACCUUUUAUUAAUGGAUGAAGUAACGGUUGAUUUGGAUGUACUUGUACGAAGUGAUUUGUUAAAUUUUUUGAAAAAUGAGACUGAGGCAAGGAAGGCCACCAUUGUUUACGCUACUCAUAUUUUCGAUGGGUUAGGUGAUUGGCCUUCACAUAUCGCUCAUAUAAAGCUAGUUGAACAAUGGUUAAGAGAGGAUCUUCGGGAAUUACGACUUCAAGCUGAAGAAAGAAAGAAAUUAUCACAAGAUCAGGAUAAAGGCUUAUUAGGUAAUGAAAAACCAAGGACAAAAUGGGAUGACUUAUCCGAAAAUGUUACGGCUUACGGAGAUAAAUAUUAUAAUUAUUGGAAUCAUUAA